AUGAUUUUCAUUCCACUUUAUGCCGUGUUCUUCUACAUCGGAGCUAUUGCUAUCUAUCCUUGUGAAAGUACAUACGAUUAUUCCGUACGUUUUUGUCUUUGGCCAUGUUAUUAUAGUGAUAAAAUACUUCCAGCUAUUGAAGCAAUUGUCAAUGUUGGAUUACCAUUUGUAAUUAUACCUAUUGCAUCUAUUUCACUCUUCAUACGAGUUCUCUGGCAAAAACAUUCCAUGCAAUUACAAGCUUACAAAUGGAAGCGUGAUCGUAAGAUGACAUUACAAUUAUUAUCGAUUACACUUCUCUAUCUUAUUUUGUGGAUGCCAUUAAAUAUGACAUUCUUAAUCAAUUUAUUUUGGUUACCCAAUUUUCUUAUCGAAGAACAAGUGAACUACAUUUAUUUAAUGCCAUUUAUUGUCCAAUUACUUUAUCCGUUCAUUGCAUUCUUAUCAUAUCCGGAAUUGUGGCGAAAGAAUCGACGAAUAUUAUUGAAUACUGUGACGGCUGCUCAUACUGUUCAAAAUAAUCUUAUCAUGCUUACUCGUAUUCGAAAUAACAAUUGA